GCAAGGUUCCUAUCUGAUCAUUCCAACCCAACUGCUGAUUCCUUGAGUUCCUUCCAACAGGCUGAGAUGUUGGUACCAUCUGAGCACACUGCAAUCCCCACUGUAAGGGCUGAAGACGCAGAAAAUGAAACUGAAGUGUCCAUAGAAGACCAUCCCACUCAUAAGCCUGAAAAAUCUUCAGUACUAAAGUCAGAGGAGGAAAACCAUGACCAGUCAGCAGAUCAGGACCAGAGUUACAGCCAACACCUGGGAUUACAGGAUCAAGAGAAAAGUGAAAGUGACUUAAUUGAGAAUUUGGGGUAUACACCAACUGAAGGUACACUGGACCUAAAAGAAGAUAUGAGUGAGCCUCCAAAGGAAAAACUCCCGGAGAGAUUCCCUGGUCAUGAUGUUAGUUCCACUGUAGAUUCUAAUCAACAAGAAAGCAUCACAGAGACAGAGGAAAACCAAGAACAACCUAUUAAUGGCUCACAUCCUCAGCUGAACGGGAGCAGCGAACAUAGCCAAGACCUAAGUGUUCAAGGAAACCAAGAGCAGGGUCCAAAUAUCCCAAAUGGGGAAGAGGAGGAGCCAGGUCAAAUUGGUACCCACAAUGAUAGCCAAGAAAGAGAGAGAGACGCUCCCGAGCAGCAUUCUACCAGCAACCAGGAAGAAGACAGUACACAGUCUGAUGAUAUUUUGGAAGAGUCCUAUCAGCCAACUCAAGUAAGCAAGAUGCAGAAAGAUGAAUUUGAACAGGGUGGCCAAGAACAAGAAGAGGAAAUCUCCAAUGCAGAAAUGGAAGAGGAGACUGCAUCAAAAAUCAGUAAGCCCAAUCAAGAUAAAGAAUGGCAGAGCCAAGAAGGACAGCCUGGCCUUGAAGUUAUCAGCAACCAUGAGGAGAUGGACAAAAAGACUCUUUCUCAGCCUUUGCUGGUGGAGCCUACGGAUGGUGGUAACAUCAUGCCCAGAAAUCAUGGGACUGAUGAUGACGGCGAUGAUGGCCCCAGGCACAGUGCGAGUGAGGAGGACUUCAACCCAAGCGAGGCUUUCCUGGAGAAUGAAAGAGCUCAAUCCAAUUACUAUCACAUUAACUAUGAGGAGCAAAGAGAAAAAGCACGUGAGAAUGAGAAUGUAGAUACCAGCGAACCUGCAGAAAACCGAGGGGCCAAGAAAGCAGAAAGCUCACCGAAUGAAGAUGACAGUUCAACUGAAGGCAACACAAGGGUGCACAGUGUCGAUUCUUGCAUGAGCUUCCAGUGUAAAAGAGGACACGUCUGCAAGGCUGAUCAACAGGGAAAACCCCACUGUGCUUGCCAAGAUCCAGUGACUUGUCCUCCUACAAAACUCCUUGACCAAGUUUGUGGCACUGACAAUCAGACCUAUGCCAGCUCCUGCCAUCUCUUUGCUACUAAGUGCAGAUUGGAGGGGACCAAAAAGGGGCACCAACUGCAGCUGGAUUAUUUUGGAGCUUGCAAAUCUCUUCCUGCUUGUACGGACUUUGAAGUGACCCAGUUUCCUCUAAGGAUGAGAGACUGGCUCAAGAAUAUCCUCAUGCAGCUUUAUGAACCUAACCCUGAGCACGCUGGAUAUCUAAAUGAGAAGCAGAGAAAUAAAGUCAAGAAAAUUUACCUGGAUGAAAAGAGACUCCUGGCUGGGGACCACUCAAUUGACCUUCUCUUAAGAGACUUUAAGAAAAACUACCACAUGUAUGUGUAUCCGGUACACUGGCAGUUUAGUGAACUGGAUCAACAUCCUAGGGACAGAGUCUUGACCCACUCUGAGCUCGCUCCUUUGCGGGCAUCUCUGGUGCCCCUGGAACACUGCAUAACGCGCUUCUUUGAAGAGUGUGACCCCAACAAGGAUAAGCACAUCACCCUGGAGGAGUGGGGUCACUGCUUUGAAAUUAAAGAAGGUACAUUCAUCAUCAGCCCAGGGAGUGGGGGUGUCCUCUUCUCCAGAUAA